CCUCAACUAAUUUCAAUCACAGACGCAUCUUUCCAUUAAACAAUUCACCCUCUCUUCACCAAACUCAUCGAUCGAUAAUGGCACCCAAGGCGGCAGAGAAGAAACCGGCGGAGAAGAAGCCAGCUGAGAAAUCCCCGGCCGAGAAGCGUCCAAAGGCGGAGAAGAAGAUCUCAAAAGAAGGAGGAAGCGACAAGAAGAAGAAGAAGGUGAAGAAGAGCGUUGAGACGUACAAGAUCUACAUCUUCAAGGUCCUCAAGCAGGUUCACCCCGACAUCGGAAUCUCGGGUAAAGCGAUGGGGAUCAUGAACAGUUUCAUCAACGACAUAUUCGAGAAACUGGCGCAGGAAUCAUCGAAGCUCGCUAGGUACAACAAGAAGCCGACCAUUACAUCGAGGGAGAUCCAGACGGCGGUUAGGCUUGUAUUGCCCGGAGAACUCGCGAAACACGCCGUCUCUGAGGGGACCAAGGCGGUUACGAAAUUCACAAGCACUUAGGGAUUUAAAUGUUUAGGUUUAAUUGUUGUUUGGUUGAUGAAUCGAUUGUAUUCGGUUAGUGAGAUCAUUUGAAUGAACAGGUUUCUUUUUAAUGAAUAACGAUUCUCUAUCAA